AUGACAUUCAAGCUCUUAAAACUAUUAUUUACAAUCGGCAAAUUUUUGGCCAUAACUCCACCCUCUCUAGACCACGAAAACCACAACAUCUGGAGCAAAGCAUGGGCAGCUUUCCUCAUUUUCGUGCUAAUCUCCUCCCUAGUCUUCUGGUUCAUCCACAGAAACCUCCUCUACGCCAGUUUCAUUCACAUAAAACUAGCAAUGCGCAUUCUAAGACACACCACCAAGUGCUUCUUCUGCUGCUACAUCAUCAUCAGCGCCAACUUCACCAAGCGAAAGCUCUGGGUCAAGCUAAUCAAGAAACUAGAAAUGGUUUCAGAAAUUUCCAACUAUAGCCGCUACAAAGCUAUAACCCAGAAAUGCUACUUCUUCGCAGCAAAUUGCGUCUUCUGGAGCGUCAUGAUCUUUGCCAGUUACAUAUUCAACGACUUCUACAAGAUAAGCUAUUUCGAGAUUGCAGUUAGUCUGUUUUUGGAGUGGUAUGACUUGUUUCUCUACAGUUAUCUUAUCAAUGUCAUCCUCAAGAUGCUGCUAGCAAGAUACAAGUACUUGAACGAUCUUUUCAAGUCAACAUUUUCGAAAAACAGCGACGUGAUUAUCUGCAACGAUGGUUUUUUGAAGAGGGCUGAGUUUAUUUUGUUCACUUUGAAGGAUGCCGUUGAUAUUUUCAACGAAGUUUUUGGGUGGCCGCUGCUUUUUAUCAUUUUUUAUUGGAGUUUGCUGGUUCUGGAUUACACUGAUGAUUAUUUUAAAGAUGUGGGAAGUUAUAGCAGAAUUAAAUUGAAUGCUAUGAGUAUUGGGUUGUUGGUGGUUAAUUUGCCUGGAAUGGUGGUACAUAUUUUGCUGUGUCAGUCUAUUAUUAACGAAAUGAAGAAAAUUGUCAAGCAAGCGUAUAAAUUGAGGCGGCUUUCGCCGGUGCAUAAAGUGCAAGAAGUUAACGAGUUUAUUGCGUAUAGUUUGUUGAAUAAUUUUCCGGAGUUUUCAGCAGCGGGGUUUUUGACGAUUCGGAGAUCAACUAUUUUCAGUAUUUUGGGAACUGUGACCACUUUUCUUAUUAUUAUGGUGCAAUUUAACACUUGUGGAGAGUAA